CAAUGGCGGCAACAACUCGUAGAUGGGCGUGGGCGGCGGUGUUCCUGGUUCUCGUGGGCGUGGUCAGAGCCGCCCCCUCGGACGCCCUCCAGCAGGAGGACUUCGAGAUCGUUGAGGAGUCGGCGGCAGGAGAGCGAGACGAGAAGUUCUUCGUGGCCAUCCUGAAAAUUUCCCCCGACCAAUGCACGACAAACGACGCCACGCGAAACCUCGGCACCUGCCUCCCCGCCUCCGACUGCACCAGCACCGGAGGAGUGUCGUCGGGGAGCUGCGCAAAGGGCUUCGGCGCCUGCUGUAUCGCCCAACGUACCUGCUCUCAAAGCACGAGUUACAACAACACUUACUUCGUGAACCCCGGAUACACCGGUUCAGACACAGGAACCGGCGCCUGUAUGUUGACAGUCAAUCGCGUAAACAACAACAUCUGUCAAGUGCGCCUCGAUUUCCUGGACUUAGAAUUAGAACAGCCGGACGUCGACGGCAACUGCAACGUGGAUUUCUUGACCGUGACGGGAGGAACUUCCACCGUGCCCAGGAUCUGCGGCUCCAAUACGGGCCAGCACAUGUACGUCGACGUUGACCCCAACGGCGGCGCCCUUAAGGUCACUGUUGACCGGUCGACCGCUUCGACUGUCAACCGAUCCUGGAACAUCAAGGUCACGCAGAUCGCUUGCAACUCGCAAUAUAGAGCACCUUCCGGAUGCCUUCAGUACUACACCGAGACUUCAGGCUACGUCGAGAGCUUCAACUUCGACAACGCUGCUCCCGCUGAUGGAAUAGGUACCCGCCAGAUCGCCAACCAGGAUUACGGUAUCUGCGUUGAGAUGGCGGACGGCUACUGCGGGAUCAUCUGGGAGAGAAACACGACGGUCGGAGAUAACAGCUUCACCGUCAGCGGAAACGUGCCUGGAACCGACCCCACGCUUAUCGGCACGGCCGCGGCUGGGAGCACGGGCGCGGCGUGCACGACCGACUACGUGAUCAUCCCGGGCGGCGUCGACAACAACCAGAACUCGGAGGACAGGUUCUGCGGCCUCGGCUUCCCGGACUCCGUCACCUCUACCAUGAAGCCCUUCGUCCUCUACGUUCAUACUGACGCAGACGAAGCCAUAGACGUUGCCAACCGAGGCUUCAACCUGCAAUACCGACAGAUCACCGACUGCUAAGUCUGACAGCUUAACCACCGGCCUAGAGUGAUUCAGCAUUUAGUAUGACUGAGGAAGGAAUAAUUACAAAAAGAAUCACAAAUUUCUGACUACUCGUUUAACGUAAGCCAAAAAAAAAGAAAAGAAAAGAAAAAAAAAAAAAAAAGAGAGAGAGAUAAUGAUACCAAGACUGACUGUAUUUAACUAAAUAACUUUUAUAUACCAUGACCUUUUUUCUGUAAAUCAACCACCUAUUUGUGAAAGACUUCUAAACUGCUCUUUGAAGAUGUUAUUUUGUUCUUUCUCCUUGAAUGUUGGUUGUUACCUUCCAUUGUUAUUGACGUAUUCUGUUAUUGUUUGUUAAUGUUCUCUUGAUUUUUACUUUGUAUGAUUCAUGUCACUGUAGUUCACUGUUGGAUGUGUUGUGCCAGCUGGUUUGGCUCCCAAGGAUUACAGUGGCGUAAUUUAUUGUUAUUUUCUUAAAUAUAUAUAAAUAUAAAUAAAUAUAACACAGUGAA